ACGGUCGUUUGGCGCUUCCGCCUGAUCUGCAAAAUCUAUAUGCCAUGUAUCAACAAGAGAUCCAAGCCACUACGUAUGUUGGUAGCAGUCUCAGCGAUCUCGCCGUGUCUCCAAUCGUGUUGUCCUUCAGUUGCGACAAGUUACCGCCUAUAUCCAGCAGGAUCAGCAUUUACGAUAACUUUAGCAGUGAUUUGAGAAUAGUCAGUAGUUCCACGGAUUCUGAUUGGGAUUCGCCGUUACCACCGAUUCAAGAGCCACAAGAAGUGGAGCACGUGAUGGGACCAGUGGUGCAACCGUUAAUUUUACCAGCCGUCUUAUUUCCGCAGAUAUCAGCAGCAAACUCACGAAAUCAGUGAGAACAUUUCGUUUAUAUAAUAAUAAUCGAUACACAAAAUGUUAUAUAUUGUAUUCGAACACAUGCGAAUGGUUCCAAUAAUUUUGGCGACAAGUUUUACAAUUGGACAGUUGUUUUUAAUUUUGUUUUCACACAGAAAAAUAUCAUUCUACAACCAAGGAAAGCAAUUAUUUAUUUUAU